AUGUCGCCUAGAAUCACAAGAUCAUCGGCUCGCCAGGCAGCCAAGCAGGCAGAUCAAUCACCAUCCUCGACUGCCUCGACUGCCAAGUCGAACCCCCUGCCUGCGACGGCCGCACCGGCGGAUUCAGUAGCCGCCUCGAGCCGUAAGCGGAAGACCGAGCAGACUAGCCCACCAAGAAGUGGCAAGGGAAAUCCAGAAACAUCGGGCCGACGCUCCAAGAAGCAAAAGACCGCCGCAACUGGUGUAGCAGCUGCGGAUACUUCCAAGCUCCCCAAGAGAAACAGCAAAAAGGGCAAGAAUCUCGGCACAAUGGACAGCCAAGAUGGCUUUCCACCGGCCCAAAACUCAUCAGAGCAGGUGACGCAGUCUAGCUCAUCUAGUAGGAAAUCUAGUCGGAGCAAGAAGCCUGCAGGCACAUCAGGUAGCUCCUCAGCUGGUCCAUCAUCUUCAACACGCCGAAACAAACGAAACACGAACCCAUCCAACGAAGACACCGCUAUGACGGGCACGAACGACGAAAAGGGCAGCAGUCCUGGCCCGCCAGCUCCGCCAACGGCCGACACGCAUCCCAGCCAACAUCACGACAGUAGCGAUGAUGAUGAGGGAGAUGACGAUGACGACGACGACGGUCGCUACGAUGAUGAGAUCGAUUUCUUCGGUGGACCGGGAGCAGCUGGCCUUUCAGGAACAUUGAGGGCAUUGACUGGCAUGAUGUCUGGUUUCACAUCCCGCCUCAGAGACCUUUUGAACAAUCUGCGCCAGGAUGACCUAUCAGUCCAGAUGAUUGCUCUUCAGGAGCUCUCCGAAAUUCUCCUUGUGUCAAAUGAGGACAAUCUGUCCGGUCACUUCUCUCCAGAUCAGUUCGUCAAAGAAUUGGUGCCUUUGAUGAACAAGGAGGAGAGCCCCGAAGUCAUGCUGCUCUCGUGUCGAUGCCUUGCAAACCUAAUGGAGGCUUUGCCGGCAAGCGUGGCGAACGUGGUAUACGGGGGCGCCGUGCCUGUGCUCUGCUCAAAGCUCCUGGAGAUAUCGUUCAUUGAUUUGGCUGAGCAAUCUCUAAGCACCCUCGAAAAGAUUUCCUACGAAUACCCGGCUAGUAUCAUUCGAGAGGGCGGACUGACUGCCUGUCUCUCCUAUCUCGACUUUUUCCCAACAAGCACCCAAAGGACGGCGGUAACAAUCGCAGCCAACUGUUGCCGGAACAUCCCCGAUGACUCUUUCACGACAGUGCGGGACGUCAUGCCCACCCUUCUCAAUGUGCUGGGAAGCAGCGAUCAGCGUGUGGUAGAGCAAGCAUCUUUAUGUGUAUCGGGUAUAGUGGAUGCGUUUGGCCACCAGCCGAAGAAACUGGAAGAACUCGUGAGCGUCGACCUGCUUCGCGCUGUCCUACGCUUGCUAGUGCCAGGAACAUCCAACCUCGUCGGGUCUAACAUUCAUACUCAGUUUUUGAGAGUUCUCACUCUCACCGCACGAGCCAGCCCCCGCUUGUCGGCUGAGCUGCUCAAGCUAAACAUCGUUGACACGGUGUAUCAGAUGCUGACGGGUGUCUCGCCCCCUGCUGGCACGGAGGAUGUGGCUUCCAAACUGGACAGCGUUGUCAUCAUGCAAGCUCUGAUCCAUCGCCCACGCGAGCAGAUUUUGGAGACGCUCAAUGUUGUCUGCGAGCUACUGCCUAGUCUGCCCAAGACUGCCGACAAUGAGGUUACCGAUAUCGUGACUUCGUCUACUACCGAUCGGGGCUCUCGCCACCGUCACCGCAAGGUGGCUUUGAACAACGAGAAACGCAUUGAGCUGCUGAAAGGCUGUCCGGCGGAGGUCCGCAGAUUUGCCCUUAUUCUUUUCCCAACCUUGACCGACGCCUACUCCAGCACUGUCAAUCUCGGGGUACGCCAGCGCGUUCUUACGGCCCAGCUCAAAAUGCUUUCCAAUUUGGACCAAGCGAUUCUGUCCGAAGCUCUGAUUCCCGUCCCAUACGCUUCGUUCUUGGCCUCGAUCUUGUCGCAACAAGACAAUCCCGCACUUGUCCUUCUAGGACUACAAGGCGCCGAACUUCUUCUGAAUAGGUUGGGGAGCAUUUAUCGAUAUCAAUUUUAUCGAGAGGGCGUUUUCUCCGAGAUCACAGCUCUCGCCAACCAAGAAGUACCAGAAGACACCAACAAGGCGAAGUCUGAACAGGGCGAUCGAACGGGUGCUCAGAGAUCGAAUGAAGGUCACAGGGAGGAUCAGGUGAUGAACGACUCGACCAAUAGUGCGGCCGACGAAGACACCUCCGACGACGAUGGCGGCGACGAGGAUCACCACGAGGACCAGGAUGAAGACGGAAAGGAGGACGAGGACGACGAGGACGAGGACGACGACGACGAAGAGGACCCUGAAGAGCGACACAUGGAUGGCGGUUCUCAGCGUAGUUCUCGAGCAUCGACCAUGUCCGUGGACCCUCCGAUUGCGCACCCGGCACUGAAUGCCCGGUCGCUCAAGGACGUCAUCCGUCAGACGGCGAAGAAGUUUGUGGAAACUCAUGAACGGCAGGACGCAGUCAAGCAAGACAAGGAGAAGGCCAAUGAAAUCCUUGGCGAUCUCACUAGUCUCGCUGGUGAUCUGGAGUCGUUCUACGUCAACAGGACGGCGAGCGAUCUGAGGCCUUCUCGGGGUAAAGAGCUCUUACACAAGCUUGCAUCUCACUUCGACUCCAACGUCUUGGAGAGCAUUACGAGCGCCGAGUUGCUUGCUUCUGGACUUGUCCGUGUUUUGCUGGCCAUUUUCAGCAAUCCAGACCAGAAUCUGACGCGUGAGGCUCAGUCCAAUUUCUUGGAGGUGUUCAUGGGCUACAAUGUGCGAUCGAGGCCUAAAACUGCGACGGCUGAUUCACCUGUCACCCCCUUCAGCAUCAUGGUCCACAAGCUUCAAGAUUUGCUCAGUAGGUCAGAGCACUUUGAAGUUCUCACAGUUCAUCAGAAUGCUUUCGACGGAAACCGCAGUAACCCAGCGUCCAUGCUUGGGAAACAGAUCCGGAUUCGUCUGACCGCGGAUGAUGAAUCUGAUAUUCCGAAACCUUACCGCAACAUCAUGGUCACGAUUCAAGCUAUUGCGACGCUCAAAUCGUUGGAGGAGUACCUGCGGCCACGAAUAGUCCCAGUUUCAGAUCGCCACCGCGCGCGCCGUGACGAUCUCAGUCGCGCGCUUGCGGCCAUGGCGAGUGCGGGCGGUUUGCCCUAUGCAGGUGCUUCUGCCGAUAGCCGACUUGCUGGCAUGGGGUUCGGUUCAGCUCUCCUUACCGGAGCUGGGCCUCCGCCACCUCCACCCGUACCUGCGCCCGGAUCCACGUCCACCUCGACUCCGGCAAAGUCCUCGCGCAAAGCACACCGUCGCCCUGCCGCUCAAGGAGACGAGACGCCUACAGGCACCCUUGGCAACGCCAGACGCUCAUCGCGUCAGCAGCCUGCCACUGAAGGAGCCCACACUGCGCAGCCACCUACCGCCGACGGUGACAGACCGCAAGAUACCCUCGAGUGUGCGGACGAGAAGCAAUUGACUGAUGACGAGGACGAUAGCAUGGCAGACGAUGAUGCUCUUGAUGCGCUGGUCGGCGAACUGGAAGACGAAAUGGACGACGAAGACGGAGACGACGAUGUGCCUGCGCAAGACCCGUCUGCUGUCAACGUCGAGGUCGCUACUGGUGGCAAGGUGACGGCGCGCAAGGAAAGCGGAAGUCGUGUUCCAACACCCCGAGCGCCCCAGGAUCUUGCCGCUCGCCCUGCGUUCCCUUGGUCAGCCAGCACGCAGGGCGGCGCGCGAGGCACGCCUUCUCCGUCUGCAAGCUCGGCCGCCAGGGCCUCUUAUGCAUCCGCUUUGCAGUCUACGCCCGAUGACUGGUACAUUGAGUUCUCCCUAGAUGGGAAGACGCUGCCCAAUUGGAUGACUGUAUACCGUGCAGUUCACAACUCCGUCACGGCCAGCCAGAACCCACAACAGCCUGGUGUAGGCCGCAGUUUGUGGUCGUCUACUUUCACGAUCAGCUUUAAGAAGGUACCUGGACCGCCACCGCCUGGAGAACCCCAAUCAUCCACGCAAUCCGGCUGUUCAGAGGGUGGACUGCCGGCCUCGCUCACAAAGUAUCCAACAACCAACUCCAUAUUGCAGCUGCUCAACGUUCUGCACGAUUUGAAUGCGAAUGUCGAGGAUGUGCUCCUGGAGAACCGCGGCACGACCAUCGACCUUCAACGUGAACCGCUUUCGCAAUUUGUCAACACAAAGUUGACGGCGAAACUCAACCGGCAGCUUGAAGAACCCCUUAUCGUGGCGAGCAACUGUCUCCCGGGGUGGUCCGAGGAUCUGGCGCGCCUUUACCCAUUCCUUUUCCCCUUUGAGACGCGUCAUUUGUUCUUGCAGUCUACAUCCUUUGGAUAUGCUCGAUCUAUGGCCAAAUGGCAAAGCACCCAAGCUAACGACAACGACAACCGGCGGGAUCGCAUGAACGAUCGCCCCCCCUUGGGUCGCAUGCAGCGUCAGAAGGUGCGUAUAUCUCGUGGCAUGAUCCUCGAGGCUGCCAUCAAGGUCAUGGAUCUGUACGGCGCAUCACAGAGUAUCCUCGAAGUAGAGUAUUUCGAAGAAGUGGGCACGGGCCUUGGACCUACUCUUGAAUUCUACUCUACCGUAUCGCGGGAGUUCUCGAAGAAGAAGCUCACAUUGUGGCGCGAUUCAGACACACACGAAUCGUCUGACUUUGUACAAGGCCCAGCUGGUCUCUUCCCUCGACCCUUGAGUGAGAGCGAAUUGAGCACCCCUAAUGGCGAGCGCGUUCUUCACCUGUUCAAGACUCUUGGCAAGUUUGUCGCCCGAUCGAUGAUUGACUCACGGAUUAUCGACAUACAUUUCAACCCAGUUUUCUUCCGUAUUGGAGAAACUACGUCCUCUGGCGUGAAGCCUUCUUUGGCCUCCGUCAAGAUGGUAGAUGCUGGCCUGGCCCGCUCCUUGAUGGCUAUCAAGAACUUCGCACUAGCUAAGAAGGAGAUUGACGAGGAUCCAAGCCGCGCGCCUGCGCAAAAGGUGGCGGACCUGGAAAAACUUACCAUUGAUGGGGUCCGUCUCGAGGAUCUAUGCCUCGACUUUACGCUCCCUGGCUACCCCGGCAUCGAAUUAGAGGAGGGUGGGUCCCAGAAGCGUGUCACCAUCGACAACGUCGAGUCCUACCUCGAAAAGGUAGUUGAUGUCACCUUGGAAUCUGGCGUACGACGACAAGUCGAUGCCUUCCGUGCUGGAUUCUCAGCGGUCUUCCCUUAUUCGGCACUUAGUGCUUUCACGCCAGACGAGCUGGUCAAUUUGUUUGGCAAGGCCGACGAAGACUGGUCGCUUGAGACCCUCCUGGACUCGAUGAAAGCCGAUCACGGGUACAACAUGGACAGCGCCAGUGUGCGCAAUCUCUUGCACUUGAUGAGCGAGUUUACGGUCGAGCAACGUCGCGACUUCUUGCAAUUCACCACGGGCAGCCCCAAGCUGCCUAUCGGAGGUUUCAAGAGCCUUACACCAAUGUUCACAGUCGUCCGCAAGCCCAGCGAGGAGCCAUACACAUCCGACGACUACCUGCCUAGCGUCAUGACAUGCGUCAACUACCUGAAGCUGCCGGAUUACAGUGGCCUAGAAGCUAUGAGAAAACAACUCACAACAGCUAUGAAGGAGGGACAGGGAGCAUUCCACUUGUCCUAA